CUGCGGUCGCCAAACCUGGGGUUGUGGACACAGGGAGGGAUAGAGGGCAGCGAGAGAGCGAGCGGCGACCCAAUGAGCAACAUGUUGCAUUUUCUAUGUCUUCUUUUCCACGAUGCACUUUAGGAUUUCAAUAAGAUGCGUGUGUGUUUCCAGAUAACCAGUUUCCUUCUCGCCGUAAACUUUUACAGCCGGCCAGUGCGAGCUCAGGAUCCCUCCUGUUGCCACCAUGCUGCCGAAUUCUCACCUUGCAGAGAAGCUUGUGGCCAGCUCACCACUAUAAAGAGUGAGUCGCGUCUGAAGCAUCUCCUGCAGAGGUUACCUGGUUACUGUCCAGAGUCUAUGAAUGAACUUUGGAUGUGCAUCAAUUCUACACUUCCAGGAGUAUCGAGGAAAUCAGAAGGCUGGGUGGGGCUGGGCUGCUGUGAACUGGCCAUCACGACAGAGUGUCGCAAGGAAUGCAAACAGGCAUCUUCAAAAAAUGAUAUAACAAAAGUAUGCAAGAAAACCACAGAGAACUCGCUCUACAGCUGCAUCACCAAAAAUGAAAUGGGCUCUACAUGCUGCAGCUAUGCAGGUCGUCACACCACCUGCAGAGAGUACUGCCAGGCCAUCUUCAGGACCGACUCGACCCCCACCGUGUCCCAGAUCAGCGCUGUCAAAGACUACUGUCAGACUCAUAGUGCUCAGCUGAUUCACUGUGUCAACAACUUCACAAAGUCCUACCCCAUACACAGCCCUGUGGACAGUCUGUACUGCUGCGACAGGGCAGCUACCCACUGCCAGAUGGCUUGCCGACAAAUCCUUCGCACUAUGAGCACAGAGCAUGAGAUUAUGGAGGGUUUGAUCAAAGAGUGCGGCUCCCAGCCGCUCCCUCAGGAGCCUAUGUGGCAGUGCUUUCUGAGCAGUGUCCAGACUCCUUCCAUAACUGAAGAGGAUAACCUUCCUGCCAAGAUGGACUGUGCCAAGCUGCACUGCUGCUCCAAAGCCAACACCUCACUCUGCAGGGACAUGUGUCUGGAGAUCAGCUCUAACUGGGGCAGCCAGACAUGGCAAGACUUUGACCAGCUCUGUGAGUACAACCCAGUGGAAACAGAGCUCAUCAACUGCCUGGCUGACGUCAGAGAGCCCUGCCAGCUGGGCUGCAAGGACCUCACUUACUGCACCAACUUCAAUAACAGGCCGACGGAGCUGUUUCGCAGCUGUAACAUCCAGUCAGACCAGGGUGCCAUGAAUGACAUCAAGCUGUGGUCUAAUGGUACAAUUAAGAUGCCCUUCAUGAACAUCCCUGUGCUGGACAUUAGGAAGUGUCAGCCCCACAUGUGGAAGGCUGUGGCCUGCGCCCUGCAGAUCAAACCCUGCCACAGCAGGUCCAGAGGGAGCGUUAUAUGCAAAUCAGAUUGUGUGGAUAUCCUGACCCAGUGUGGAGAUACAAAACGUUUUCACGAAGGACAAACACCAGAGAGGAUCUGUGAGCUCCUGUCGCCUAUUGAUGACCCUGAACACUGCAUCCCUCUCUACAGAUACCUUACACCCAGCUCCCUAGGCAGCAACACUGUUGAGGAGGUUAUCCAUCCAUGCAAUCCUAACCCCUGUCCAAGCAACCACAUAUGCCAGGUGAACAGGAAGGGCUGCCUCGAUGAGCUAAACUGUCAGCCAUACCUCUGUGUGCCAGGCUGCAAAAUGGGUGAAGCCUCUGAGUUCUUGGUGCAACAGGAUGCUCGUAUCCAAGUGCCUACGCGCACUGAUCCUACGGUUUGCUUCGAGGUGUGCAGCUGUGGUCCCAGUGGGCGACUGGAGAACUGUGUGGAGAUGCCCUGCAUGGACACCAGCAAGCCCUGCAUAGUAGGAGGACAGAGGAAAAGCCAUGGGACGUCUUUCAAGACCGACUGCCACAACUGUUACUGCUUCGCUGGUGAGACCGUCUGCUCCACUAAAGAGUGUCUCAGCUCUGGAUACACAGAUGACAGUCAUCGACACUUUACUGGUCUUCCCUGUAGCUGCCAGGACCGCUUUGUUCCAGUGUGUGCCUCUAAUGGGCGGACAUAUCCCAGUGCCUGCGUUGCUCGAUGUAUGGGAUUCAAGGACAGUCAGUUUGUCUUUGGCCCGUGCCACCUCAGUAAACCAUGUGCCAGCAAACCCUGCCAGAGAAACCAGAGGUGCAUCCCAAAGUAUCGCGUGUGUCUGAGUGACGUGUCGGACUGUCCGCAGUAUGAGUGCAUCGGGCACGCGGCAACCUGCGACAAGAACAGCGAGGACCCAGCCUGCGACACUGAGGGCAUCGACCACCGCAGUCUGUGCCAUUUGCACCAGGCUGGGAAAAUCUUGGCCUACAUGGGCCGCUGCCAGGAAGGCUGCAGAAAGCCAAAACAAGUCUGUGGCCAUAAUGGCGAAACCUACAACACGGUAUGUGGCGCGUAUUCUGACCGUGUCACUGUGGACUAUGAGGCCCCCUGCAGAGCUGUGGGAGCCGUCUCUGACAUGGCCCCUGACUCAGCCUGCAGUUUGGUUUCAUGUCCAAGUCUGUCCACUCCAGGCUGCCACCCUGUCACUCCACCAGGAGCCUGUUGUCCCAUAUGUGCCAGCAUCCUGCAGAUCCUCUGGAGCAAAGAGCGAAUGAACACGUUCUCAAAGCUGAACAAGAAGCAGCCGGUGACGGUCCACGAUGUCCUUCAGAUCCUGCGGCCUCACAUCUCAGUGCCGCAGUGCGAUGUUUUCGGCUACCUGAGUAUUGACCACCUGCUGGUGGUCAUCAUCGCCCCAAUGGACCAGCAGCCAACACCUCUGCAGAUUGAAGCCUGCAGUAAAGAGGCUGAGAAGAUUGACUCCCUCAUCAACUAUGCCAGCCCCACUCUGGUGUCCCACGUCCCUCUGUCUGCCUUCCUCACCUCUGAAAUCAAGACAUCUUCCAUCCACUCCUCAGGGAGCACGCCGUGGUCACCUCUGACACCCGCCCUGUGUUUCCUUCUGGGUCUCCUUGUUACACCGGCUCCGGUGCUCUAAGUGCCAGCCUCUGUGACUCCCAGUGCCAAAGUCAGGAUGGUGGGCGUGUUCUGGCAGCAAUGAACAGACGAUCGUGAUGACAAUCAUUCCUAUUGGCUGACCUGCGUUUCAAACAAUCAGGGUGGUUCAAAGCUUUUGUAUCAACUGUGUUUAGUGAAUAGUUACUCACUGGAUUUCCCAGCCAGUGUGUGUGCGUGUGUGCGUGUGUGUGUGCGCGCGCGUGUGUGUGUGUGUGUGAUAGACACUGUUUAUCCAUCCGUCCCAGGAGCACCAGGAGGGGGCGCUGAUGUGUAUGUUUGAUUCAAGACUGCACGAAGUAUCCUUGUUAAGCAGGACAUCACACACACACACAUCAUUUUUGGUGUCACUACAUCCAGGUAUCUGUGUACAUUGCAAACAUACAUUGGAACAUAUAUAAUGAAGGGCACACGUUUAAAGCCUGUGGUGCAUGACAGUGUGCCGCAUGUGGACCUGGUGAUUGAACCUCUAACCUCAGCAGUAUUAUUGCUCAAACUGAGCCCAACUAAUCCUAACACAGUUUGAAGGACUGGCUAAACAAAGUCUCCAAAGUCAACUUUUCCAGGAUAUUUAGUCCGUGCCAUCGGCCCGUCUUCUGUGAAAAAAGUUCCCAGUUUGGACUGGGGAGACAGACACCCAGGUAGUGGUCUAUUUCACGUAGCAGUGAUCUAAAACCUUGGUCAGUUUCACCUGAUCACAUAAAGCUUUCGUCCAAACAAACCUGGUAACACUAUACUUGAAGUGGUGCUCAUAAAAUAUGAUUAAUAGAUUGUAUUAUAAGGUAGAGAACCUGCAGUAACACAAAAAAAGCACCUGCUGACAGUGGAAAGGAAACCCCCCCUCUUAACAGGAAGAAGCAGGGAGGGUUAAAUAAAUAAUAAAUAUAAAUAAUAAAAAAAAGUCAGAAUAACUUGACCACCUUGGAUUUUUGAGCACCAGCUUUGGUCCCCACAUAACGACAUGAGGAUAAGAAUCAUGUCUUUGUUGCACACCAUUGGCUGUCUUUCCCACGGGGGGCUAAACGAGCCCGGGCCACUCCUGCCUGGCCCCGUGGCACAUGGUUACCUGCUCACCCACUGAGCUAAACUGACACCUCAGCAUAAAUAUUAAAAAGAAAUAUUGUUUGAAUUUUUAAUGCCUUUUUCUGGUAUUAGAACAUGUAAUAACGAGUUUAAUGCCAUCAGUUAAACUGACGUAUUUUAUGAGCGUCACUUCUAACAAAGUGCUGCCUUGACAUUCCUCAAACUCAAUGAGAAUCAACAAUGAACCUUACAGCAGCAGAAAGGCCUGACCAUCACUCCCUGUGUGAUCCAGUAGCUCUGAAUAGCAAAAGGGAAGUUUUCUGUUUAUAUAUAUAUGAGAAGCAAUAAGCCAUUCACUAACAGAAAAGACAAUCAGUUGCUACCCACAAUCCACUGGGGGCAGAUUUUCCACAGUAUGCCUUAUGUCUUAUAUGAAGUAUUAAUAAAAAUGCAAUAUAAGAAAUAUCUCUAUAUUUUAUAUGUAUCUGUCUGAUUAUGUGCCAUGUUUCUCAAAUAAAUAGUUGCUAUUCUUUGUUGCAUGAUGACAAUUAUAAAAUAUGUUUACUCCAGAACAUAAUUUAAUAUGUUUUCCCCAUCUCUAUGUGUGUAUCUGCCUGUAUAGCACAAUGUGUCUCUAUAUCUAACAGUAUUACUGUGCUAGGCAGCUCUGUAGCAGGGAACCCAUCCGUCUGUUAUUAUUAGCAUUAUUAUUAUUACUAAGUGUUUUUUUUUCUCUUACUGAACCUGGGCUGCUUUUUUAUGGUAAAAGUGUUUAAUUUCAGUUUACAGUAAAAAAAAAGUUCUAACUAAGCUGCAACAGUUCAACCUUUUGGAAGUACUCACAUUCACUUUGUUGACUCACAUGAUGCUUCUCUUCUUUAAUAUGAGGCCUGUUGUCCUGAUGUUUAGCGCUAUAUUUUUAUUUUUGUAGAUUUGCUUUAUAUUCAUCUGUUUUCUACAUGAGUUUCAGUUUAAUUGUUUAUGUUGUACUGUCCCCUCUUUGCUAAAUGUUUGAAACAUGCAGUCUUUUUAAGGAUCACGCCCUCAAAGAUGCUGUGUUCUCAUUGGCCGAGGAGAAGUGUCUGUACUUUGUAAUCAUUCAGUGUCCGGAACACAGAAUUUAAAGAAAGCACACGAGGAAAUAAAAAAAUAAAAUUGUAUGGACAAA